AUGGUUGUGAAGUGGAUUCUGACUCACAGGGACCCUAAUCUCUAUUUCCUUAUUUCACAUGCUUUGUUUUUGAAUCUGCAGUCCUUUGAACGAGUGUUGGUAGAAAACAAACUGCAUGGCCUCUCCCCAGCCCUCUCUGAAGCCAUCCAGAGCAUUUCCAGAUGGGAGCUGGUGCAAGCCGCUUUGCCUCAUGUCCUCCACUGCACUGCAACCCUACUUUCAAACAGGAACAAGCUAGGCCACCAGGAUAAACUGGGUGUUGCUGAGACAAAACUCCUUCACACCCUGCACUGGAUGCUCCUGGAAGCCCCCCAGGACUGCAACAGCGAGCGUUUUGGGGGCACAGACCGAGGCUCCAGCUGGGGUGGCAGCAGCAGUGCUUUCAUACACCAGGUUGAAAACCAGGGUUCUCCAGGGCAGCCUUGUCCAAGCAGUACCAAUGACGAAGAAGAGAACAACCGAAGGAAGCUUUUCCAGAACUCCAUGGCUACUGUGGAGCUCUUUGUGUUUCUGUUUGCUCCUCUGGUACACAGAAUCAAGGAAUCUGAUCUCACGUUCAGACUGGCCAGUGGGCUUGUUAUAUGGCAGCCUAUGUGGGAGCACAGACAGCCCGAAGUCUCUGGCUUUACAGCGCUGGUGAAACCCAUCAGGAACAUCAUUACAGCCAAGAGAAGUUCUCCCAUCAACAGUCAAAGCCAGAGCUGUGAAUCACCAAAUCAAGACACAAGACACCGAGAGGGACUCCAGGUGGUCUGUGAGACCUUCCAGUCGGAUUCCAUCUCACCUAAGGCCACCAUUUCAGGCUGCCACCGAGUAAACUCCUUGGAUGGAAGUCUGUCCUCCCAAGCUUCCCAGGAAAGAGGCCCAUUGCAUUCCAGGGCUUCUCUUGUGAUACCUCCAUGCCAGAGGUCCCGCUAUGCCACCUACUUUGAUGUUGCUGUUCUUCGCUGUCUACUCCAGCCUCACUGGUCUGAGGAGGGCACUCAGUGGUCCCUGAUGUAUUAUCUACAGAGACUGCGACACAUGUUGGAAGAGAAGCCAGAAAAGCCCCCAGAACCGGAUAUUCCUCUCCUGCCAAGACCUAGGAGUAGCUCGAUGGUGGCAGCAGCUCCUUCCCUAGUGAACACCCACAAAACCCAAGAUCUCACUAUGAAGUGUAAUGAAGAGGAAAAAUCGCUCAGCCCAGAGGCCUUUUCCAAGGUUUCAUUGACCAAUCUGCGUAGGUCUGCUGUCCCAGAUCUUUCUUCAGACUUGGGCAUGAACAUUUUUAAGAAGUUCAAGAGCCGCAAAGAAGACCGAGAGCGGAAAGGGUCCAUUCCAUUCCACCACACGGGAAAGAGGAGGCCACGAAGAAUGGGAGUGCCCUUUCUGCUUCAUGAGGACCACCUAGAUGUAUCCCCCACCCGCAGCACAUUCUCCUUCGGAAGUUUCUCUGGGCUUGGAGAAGACAGGCGAGGAAUUGAAAAAGGAGGCUGGCAAACCACCAUUUUAGGGAAAUUUAGCCGGCGGGGAAGUUCUGAUGCAGCCACUGAGAUGGAAAGCCUGAGCGCCAGGCACUCGCAUUCCCACCAUACCCUGGUGAGUGACCUGCCGGACCACUCCAACAGCCACGGAGAAAACACUGUCAAAGAAGUGCGAUCCCAGAUCUCCACUAUCACAGUUGCAACCUUCAAUACCACAUUGGCGUCCUUCAAUGUAGGCUAUGCAGACUUUUUCAGUGAGCACAUGAGGAAGCUCUGCAACCAGGUGCCUAUCCCAGAGAUGCCACAUGAACCCCUGGCAUGUGCAAACCUGCCUCGAAGUCUCACCGACUCCUGCAUAAACUACAGCUACCUGGAGGACACAGAACAUAUUGAUGGGACCAAUAACUUUGUCCACAAGAAUGGCAUGCUGGAUCUUUCUGUGGUUCUGAAGGCUGUUUAUCUUGUCCUUAACCAUGACAUCAGCUCCCGCAUCUGCGAUGUGGCACUAAACAUUGUUGAAUGUUUGCUUCAACUUGGUGUGGUUCCCUGUGUGGAAAAGAAUCAAAAGAAGAGUGAAAACAAGGAAAAUGAGACUGUGGAAAAGAGACCAAGUGAGGGAACUUUCCAAUUCAAAGGAGUAUCUGGAAGUUCCACCAGUGGAUUCGGGGGUCCUUCAGUUAGUGGAGCUGGAGAUGGUGGAGGAGAAGAAGGAGGAGGUGGAGAUGGAGGAGGUGGAGGAGGUGAUGGAGGAGGUGGUGGAGGAGGUGGAGGUGGUCCUUAUGAGAAGAGUGAUAAGAACCAAGGGAAGGAUGAAAGCACGCCUGUAAGCAACCAUAGGCUUGCUCUAACCAUGCUCAUCAAAAUAGUGAAGUCUUUGGGAUGUGCCUAUGGCUGCGGAGAGGGACACCGAGGGCUCUCUGGAGAUCGUCUGAGACACCAGGUAUUCCGAGAGAAUGCCCAGAACUGCCUCACUAAGCUAUACAAGCUAGAUAAGAUGCAGUUCCGACAAACCAUGAGGGACUAUGUGAACAAGGACUCUCUCAAUAAUGUAGUGGACUUCUUGCAUGCUUUGCUAGGAUUUUGUAUGGAACCGGUCACUGACAACAAGGCUGGGUUUGGAAAUAACUUCACCACGGUGGACAACAAAUCCACAGCCCAAAACGUGGAAGGCAUUAUCGUCAGUGCCAUGUUUAAGUCCCUCAUCACACGCUGCGCAUCAACCACACACGAACUGCACAGUCCUGAGAACCUGGGGCUGUAUUGUGACAUCCGCCAACUGGUCCAGUUUAUCAAAGAGGCUCAUGGAAAUGUCUUCAGGAGAGUAGCCCUCAGUGCUUUGCUUGAUAGUGCAGAGAAGUUAGCACCAGGGAAGAAGGUGGAGGAGAAUGAACAGGAAUCUAAGCCCACAAGCAGUAAAAGGUCAGAAGCAGGAAGCAUUGCAGAUAAAGGCCAGGUGUCCUCCGCACCUGAAGAGUGUCGCAGCUUCAUGUCUGGUCGCCCCUCACAGACUCCAGAGCACGAUGAGCAGAUGCAAGGGGGCAACCUGGGACGGAAAGAUUUCUGGCGCAAGAUGUUCAAAUCCCAGAGUGCAGCAAGUGACACCAGCAGCCAGUCUGAGCAGGACACUUCAGAAUGUACCACCGCCCACUCAGGCACCACCUCCGACCGGCGGGCCCGCUCUCGGUCCCGUAGAAUUUCCCUCCGGAAGAAGCUUAAACUCCCCAUAGGAAACUGGCUGAAAAGAUCCUCCCUCUCGGGCUUGGCAGAUGGUGUGGAAGACCUCCUAGACAUCAGCUCUGUGGACCGCUUGUCUUUUAUCAGGCAAAGCUCCAAGGUCAAAUUCACCAGUGCUGUGAAGCUGUCUGAAGGUGGGCCAGCAGGUGGAAUGGAGAAUGGAAGAGAUGAAGAGGAGAAUUUCUUCAAGCGUCUUGGUUGCCAUAGUUUUGAUGACCAUCUUUCUUCCAACCAAGAUGGGGGAAAAAGCAAAAACGUGGUGAACCUUGGAGCAAUCAGACAAGGCAUGAAGCGGUUUCAAUUUCUGUUAAACUGCUGUGAGCCGGGGACAAUUCCUGAUGCAUCCAUUCUGGCAGCCGCCUUGGAUCUAGAAGCCCCGGUAGUGGCUAGAGCAGCCCUGUUUCUGGAAUGUGCCCGUUUUGUUCACCGCUGCAACCGUGGCAACUGGCCAGAGUGGAUGAAAGGGCAUCAUGUAAACAUCACCAAGAAAGGCCUUUCCCGGGGACGGUCUCCCAUCGUGGGCAACAAACGGAACCAGAAGCUGCAGUGGAAUGCUGCCAAGCUCUUCUACCAGUGGGGAGACGCAAUUGGCAUCCGAUUGAAUGAGCUGUGCCAUGGCGAAAGUGAGAGCCCAGCCAACCUGCUGGGUCUCAUUUAUGAUGAGGAGACGAAGAGGAGACUGAGAAAGGAGGAUGAGGAGGAAGACUUUUUAGAUGACAGUACUGUGAACCCCUCUAAAUGUGGCUGCCCCUUUGCCUUGAAGAUGGCGGCGUGCCAGCUUCUUCUGGAGAUUACCACCUUCCUGCGAGAGACCUUUUCUUGCCUGCCCAGACCACGCACUGAGCCUCUGGUGGAUCUAGAGAGCUGCAGACUUCGUUUGGAUCCCGAGAUGGACCGGCACAGAUAUGAGAGGAAGAUCAGCUUUGCCGGUGUCCUGGAUGAAAAUGAAGACUCGAAAGAUUCCCUCCACAGCAGCAGCCAUACCCUCAAAUCAGACACAGGGGGUGAGGAGAAGAAAGUUCCCAGCAGGAAGAUCAGGAUAGGAGGUUCCCGCCUGCUCCAGAUUAAAGGAACCCGCAGUUUCCAGGUGAAGAAGGGGGGUUCCUUGUCCACCAUUCUCCGAGUCGGCAGCUUAAAGAGCAGCAAGUUAUCACGGCAGGACUCAGAGUCUGAGGCUGAGGAGCUGCAGCUGUCCCAGAGCAGGGACACUGUCACUGACCUAGAAGGGAGCCCUUGGAGUGCAAGUGAGCCCAGCAUUGAGCCAGAGGGAAUGAGUAAUGCCGGCACAGAGGAAAAUUACCACAGAAACAUGUCGUGGCUUCAUGUCAUGAUCUUGCUGUGCAAUCAGCAAAGCUUCAUCUGCACCCACGUUGACUACUGCCACCCACACUGCUACCUGCACCACAGCCGCUCCUGCGCCCGGCUGGUCAGGGCUCUCAAGCUGCUCUAUGGAGACACUGUGGACUCUCUCCGGGAGAGUAGCAAUGCCAACAAUGUGGCUCUGCGGGGCAAGAAGCAGAAAGAGUGCUCAGAUAAGUCAUGCCUGAGGACACCCUCUCUGAAGAAGAGAGUUUCAGAUGCCAACCUGGAAGGGAAGAAGGAUUCUGGAAUGCUGAAGUACAUCAGACUCCAGGUAAUGAGCCUGUCGCCUGCUCCCUUAUCUCUGUUAAUCAAGGCAGCGCCCAUUCUGACAGAGGAGAUGUACGGAGAUAUCCAGCCGGCUGCCUGGGAGCUUCUGCUCAGCAUGGAUGAACACAUGGCAGGGGCAGCAGCCGCCAUGUUCCUGCUGUGCGCGGUGAAAGUCCCCGAGGCCGUGUCCGACAUGUUGAUGUCAGAGUUCCACCACCCAGAGACUGUGCAGAGGCUGAACGCGGUCCUCAAGUUCCACACGCUCUGGAGGUUUCGCUAUCAGGUCUGGCCCCGGAUGGAGGAGGGAGCACAGCAGAUUUUUAAGAUCCCGCCACCCAGUAUAAACUUCACUCUGCCCUCACCAGUGCUUGGAAUGCCAUCUGUCCCCAUGUUUGACCCCCCAUGGGUCCCUCAGUGCAGCGGGAGUGUCCAGGACCCCAUUAAUGAAGACCAGUCUAAAUCCUUUUCAGCGCGGGCUGUGUCUCGCUCCCAUCAAAGGGCUGAACACAUCUUGAAGAACUUGCAGCAGGAAGAAGAGAAGAAACGUCUUGGUCGAGAAGCCAGCCUCAUCACUGCCAUCCCCAUCACCCAAGAGGCUUGCUAUGAACCCACCUGCACACCCAACUCAGAGCCAGAAGAAGAAGUAGAAGAAGUCACCAAUCUGGCAUCCCGUCGGCUGUCUGUGAGUCCUUCCUGCACCUCCAGCACUUCCCACAGGAACUACUCCUUCCGCCGAGGGUCAGUCUGGUCAGUGCGCUCAGCCGUCAGUGCGGAAGAUGAGGAGCACACCACUGAACACACACCCAACCACCAUGUGCCUCAGCCCCCGCAAGCAGUGUUCCCAGCAUGCAUCUGUGCAGCAGUGCUUCCCAUUGUUCAUCUAAUGGAGGAUGGUGAGGUGCGGGAAGAUGGAGUAGCAGUGAGUGCUGUGGCCCAACAAGUCUUAUGGAAUUGUCUAAUUGAAGAUCCAUCAACAGUUCUUCGACAUUUUCUGGAAAAACUGACCAUCAGCAAUAGACAAGAUGAGUUAAUGUACAUGCUGCGUAAACUUCUCCUGAAUAUUGGAGACUUUCCUGCUCAGACCUCUCACAUUCUAUUCAACUACUUGGUGGGAUUAAUCAUGUACUUUGUGCGGACCCCCUGUGAGUGGGGGAUGGAUGCCAUUUCAGCCACUCUAACUUUCCUAUGGGAGGUAGUGGGUUAUGUGGAAGGCCUCUUCUUCAAGGAUCUCAAGCAGACGAUGAAGAAGGAGCAGUGUGAGGUGAAGCUUCUGGUGACCGCUUCAAUGCCAGGUACCAAAACCUUGGUAGUUCAUGGACAGAACGAGUGUGAUAUCCCAACCCAGUUACCAGUCCAUGAAGACACUCAAUUUGAAGCCCUGUUGAAGGAAUGUCUGGAGUUUUUUAAUAUCCCAGAAUCCCAGUCAACACAUUAUUUUCUCAUGGAUAAACGAUGGAACCUUAUCCACUAUAAUAAGACUUAUGUUCGGGAUAUUUACCCUUUUCGGAGGUCAGUAUCUCCACAGCUGAACCUUGUCCAUAUGCAUCCAGAGAAGGGACAGGAACUCAUUCAGAAACAGGUGUUCACUCGGAAGCUGGAGGAAGUAGGGCGGGUUUUGUUUCUCAUCUCCCUUACCCAGAAGAUCCCCACAGCCCACAAACAGUCCCAUGUCUCCAUGCUUCAGGAAGACCUCCUCCGACUGCCCUCAUUCCCUCGAAGUGCUAUUGAUGCUGAGUUUUCACUCUUCAGUGACCCUCAAGCUGGGAAGGAACUGUUUGGCCUCGACACUCUUCAGAAAAGCCUGUGGAUCCAGCUCCUGGAGGAGAUGUUCCUGGGCAUGCCAAGCGAGUUUCCCUGGGGUGAUGAAAUCAUGCUCUUCCUCAAUGUUUUUAAUGGGGCUCUGAUCCUCCACCCAGAAGACAGCGCCCUGCUCAGGCAGUAUGCAGCAACCGUCAUCAACACCGCUGUGCAUUUCAACCACCUCUUCUCUCUCAGCGGCUACCAGUGGAUUCUCCCCACAAUGCUGCAGGUGUACUCUGACUAUGAAAGCAAUCCCCAGCUGCGUCAAGCCAUUGAAUUUGCCUGCCACCAGUUCUACAUUCUACACCGGAAGCCCUUUGUACUCCAGCUGUUUGCUAGUGUAGCCCCUCUCUUGGAGUUUCCUGAUGUUGCCCGUAAUGGGCCCAGCAGCAAAGGUGUGUCAGCUCAGUGCCUGUUUGACUUGCUGCAGUCCCUGGAGGGAGAGACCACUGACAUAUUAGAUAUUUUAGAGCUGGUCAAAGCAGAGAAGCCUCUUAAGUCAUUAGAUUUCUGCUACGGGAACGAAGACCUGACAUUCUCUAUCAGUGAAGCCAUUAAGCUCUGUGUCACUGUGGUGGCGUAUGCUCCUGAAUCUUUCAGAAGUCUUCAGAUGCUGAUGGUCUUAGAAGCUUUAGUCCCAUGUUAUCUACAAAAACUGAAGAGGCAGACGUCACAAGUGGAGACAGUACCUGCUGCCCGGGAGGAGAUUGCUGCCACAGCUGCUCUUGCAGCAUCCCUGCAGGCCCUUUUAUAUAGUGUAGAGGUCCUCACCAGGCCCAUGACAGCCCCACAGAUGAGCAGGUGUGACCAAGGUCAUAAAGGAACCACCACAGCCAAUCACACCAUGUCGUCUGGGGUGAACACCAGGUACCAGGAGCAAGGAGCCAAACUGCACUUUAUCAGGGAAAACCUUCAUUUACUGGAGGAAGGCCAAGGUCUUCCCAGAGAAGAACUGGAUGAACGAAUUGCUCGGGAGGAGUUCAGAAGACCCCGGGAGUCUCUGCUGAAUAUUUGCACUGAAUUCUAUAAGCACUGUGGGCCGAGGCUGAAGAUCUUGCAAAACCUGGCUGGGGAGCCACGGGUCACUGCCCUGGAGCUGCUAGAUGUGAAGUCCCACAUGAGGUUGGCGGAAAUUGCACACUCCCUUCUGAAGCUGGCACCUUACGACACCCAGACGAUGGAGAGCCGUGGGCUCCGUCGCUACAUCAUGGAGAUGCUACCCAUUACCGAUUGGACAGCAGAGGCAGUGAGGCCGGCCCUUAUUCUCAUUUUAAAGAGAUUGGAUAGAAUGUUCAACAAAAUUCAUAAGAUGCCUACUUUGAGGCGACAGGUUGAGUGGGAGCCUGCCAGCAAUUUGAUUGAAGGGGUUUGUUUGACACUUCAGAGGCAGCCAAUCAUAUCCUUCCUGCCUCACCUUAGGUCACUGAUCAAUGUCUGUGUCAAUCUGGUGAUGGGAGUGGUAGGACCUUCCAGUGUUGCUGAUGGAUUACCCCUUCUUCAUCUCAGCCCUUAUCUCUCACCACCUCUGCCCUUCAGCACAGCUGUUGUCCGGCUGGUAGCAUUGCAGAUACAGGCUUUAAAAGAAGAUUUCCCUUUAAGCCAUGUGAUCUCUCCAUUCACCAAUCAAGAGAGAAGGGAGGGGAUGCUUUUAAAUCUGCUCAUCCCAUUUGUGCUCACAGUAGGAUCAGGAAGCAAAGAUAGCCCGUGGCUGGAGCAGCCUGAGGUGCAGUUGCUGCUGCAGACAGUCAUUAAUGUGCUCCUGCCGCCAAGGAUCAUCAGCACAUCCCGGAGCAAGAACUUUAUGUUGGAGAGUUCCCCUGCCCACUGCUCCACCCCUGGAGAUGCAGGGAAAGACUUGCGCAGGGAAGGGUUGGCGGAGUCCACCAGCCAAGCAGCAUACUUGGCCCUGAAGGUGAUUCUCGUCUGCUUUGAGAGGCAGCUUGGAAGCCAGUGGUACUGGCUGAGUCUCCAGGUGAAGGAGAUGGCUCUGCGGAAGGUGGGAGGCCUGGCCCUGUGGGACUUCCUUGACUUCAUCGUGCGGACGCGAAUACCCAUCUUCGUCCUCUUGCGCCCUUUCAUCCAGUGCAAGCUUCUGGCCCAACCAGCAGAAAAUCAUGAAGAGCUUUCUGCUCGGCAACAUAUUGCUGACCAGCUGGAGCGACGCUUCAUACCACGGCCUUUGUGUAAGAGCUCGCUCAUAGCUGAGUUCAACAGUGAGCUCAAAAUUCUCAAAGAGGCGGUUCACAGUGGAUCAGCCUACCAAGGGAAGACGUCCAUCAGUACCGUGGGCACCUCCACCUCUGCUUACCGCCUGAGCCUGGCCACCAUGUCCCGCUCCAACACGGGCACCGGCACCGUCUGGGAGCAGGACAGUGAGCCUUCCCAGCAGGCUUCCCAGGACACCCUGAGUCGGACUGACGAGGAGGAUGAGGAAAAUGACUCCAUAAGCAUGCCCAGUGUGGUAAGUGAACAAGAAGCUUACCUCCUGAGUGCCAUUGGAAGGAGGCGAUUCUCCAGCCACGUCUCCAGCAUGUCUGCACCUCAGGCUGAGGUGGGCAUGUUACCCAGCCAGAGUGAACCUAAUGUCCUCGAUGACUCCCAGGGCCUGGCCGCUGAGGGCAGCCUCUCUAGGGUGGCAAGUGUACAGAGUGAACCUGGCCAACAGAACCUCCUCAUUCAGCAGCCGCUGGGGAGGAAGAGGGGCCUGAGGCAGCUAAGACGUCCUCUACUAUCACGUCAGAAAACUCAGACUGAAUCCAGAAACUGCCAUGGGGCUCUGCUGUCGACCACUCGCAGGAGCAUCCAACCUAAAACAAAACCAUCUGCGGAUCAAAAACGAUCUGUGACCUUCAUUGAGGCUCAGCCAGAGCCAGCAGCUGCCCCAACAGACACACUUCCUGCCACAGGCCAGCCACAGGGCUGCAGUCCGGCCCCAUCUAAGAAACCAGAAGGAAUGGACAAGCCAAUCCUCACGUCCUCCCCUGCCAUUGUUGUUGCAGAUCUCCACAGCCUGUCUCCCAAGCAGAAUGAUACCAUCCCCGCUGAAGGAGGAGAAAAGAAGGAAGACACAGAAGCACAAGGUGUUGCAGCACACGGCCCCCUCUCUACUCAACUCUCAGACCCUGAUGACUUUACAGGCCUUGAGACAUCCAGUCUGCUACAGCAUGGAGACACUGUCCUUCACAUCAGUGAGGAAAAUGGCAUGGAAAACCCCCUGCUCUCCAGCCAAUUCACUUUUACUCCCACUGAGCUGGGGGAGACUGACGUAGCCCUAGAUGAGUCUCAUGUUUAA